GUUUUCCGUUUGGAUUACGCUAAUCCGAGACACUUGAUUCACCAGAUAUCUGCCUGCCAUACUUUCGAUCUACUGUUGUUCUCACUUAAAGACUGGUCAUAAUGAUGGCUGCACAGGCAGUGAAUGUCCACAGCACUAGUCAGAUGACGGAUAAUCUGAGUCGGCAUGAGAUACUGCAGUGGAUCAACCAAUGUUUGGACAGCAAUUACGGGAAAAUAGAGGAAUUAUGCACAGGUAUGUUGAUUCUCUUCCUCAAGCUUCGCCCAUCCAGGUGCAGCCUACUGCCAGCUCACUGAUAUGUUAUUUCCUGGUAUGCUUUCCUUUUACUGAUGAUUUCCGUUUUAGGCACUCUUGUGUUCAAGAAAGUCAAAUUUAACACAAAGUUGGAACACGAGUCAAUAAACAACUUCAAGGUCUUACAAGCUCUUUUCAAAAAGCAUGGUGUGGAUAAAGUCAGUGCAAAACGUAAUCCAUUGAGCUCUGAUAGGAAGUCCCAAUAGAGAAAUUGGUGAAGGGAAAGUUUCAGGAUAACUUUGAAUUCGUUCAAUGGUAUAAGCGAUUUUUUGAUGCAAACUACGACGGACAUCCUUACGACGCCCUGGCAGCAAGAGGUGGAGAAAAGCUUCAAGGUAGUGGCAAAGCUCCGUCAAAGCUUGCCACCGGGCCUCCUAGGGCUUCGAUUCCCGCCGCACGAAAUGUUCCGGCCAAACAAGUGGUCACCACAAUUCGUCCCAGUCAGCCAAGUCAUGUCGCCUCUGCCUCUCCCGGCAAUCAUCAUGCUGCUGGUGGGGAUUCUGCCGAAAUACACGCAUUACGACAGCAGUUCGACCAGCUGAACAUGGAGGCUGAACAAAACAAGGCAACCAUCGAAGGGUUACUCCGAGAACGUGACUUUUACUUCAACAAGCUUCGGUCCAUUGAAAUCCUAUGCCAAGAGAAUCGGAACGUUGAUUUGACGAAGAGCAUAUUUGAAGUUUUGUAUGCCACCGAAGAUGGAUUCGCUGCCCCAGAAGCGGAUGAACCGGAAGAAUUCUAGGUCAACUUUUUUCCACUUCCUAUACGAACGAACAUUUCUCUUCGGCUUUCACGUUUUAUUCCCGCUACCCUACUACUUUCGUAGCCCGGUACCUGUUGAUCCAUUGCUUCUUCUUGACAUCCAGUGUCUCGGUGGUCUGUAUCGGUCUUUGGGCGUAUGUACAUCUAUCUACUUUUACUUCAGCUCUUGCGCUGCUGCCUUACUAUCACUUCGAUCAAUUUAUGUUGCCUCAUUUGUGUAGGCGUUGUGCAUGCUGCACUUUGUUGUACGUUGCUUACCAGCUCUACUUGUCUCAAUUGCGUUUACAUCAUGUCUCUGCUUCCACAAAGUGCGUGGUUUCACGCAUGUAUCGUGGGGCGGGUCAGUCUCGUUCCGUUUCACUUCUUAUCUCUGAUUUUGGCUUGUUUGCUGCAAUGUAUGUUUUCAAUGUUCGGAUCUCCUCUGGUGGGAAUCAGCUUCACACUCCCUCCAGAACUUGUUCAUACUGUUCAAAGGACCGCUCAACAUAAUAGUUUAGUUUGCAGUGGCUUGGGUUCGUGACACUCAUGUCAAAAAACCGCAUCAGCUACGUCUGGCAACAGCAGAUCCAUACACCAAAUAUACUCGUAUGAUUCAUU